AUGCUGGUGUUCUACAUUCAUCGACUGUCUGAUUACAAACCGCCGCGAUACUUCGAGAUGCGCUUUCCCGGCGAGUACGAGGCUCUCGCUUGGAUCAUCGGUUGCACGGGCUUACUUCAGAUUCCCAUCGGAGCUACGGCCUGUCUCCUAGAAAAUAUCCGGAAACCUAGCCUAGCCUUCGUGCCGGAGUACCACUGGGAGCCCAACACGAAGGACCGCGUGGACGCCUACUUCGAAGAGCUCGAAGAGCAGGGCCUCAAGGGAGACUCCGUCUCGGAGGUCAGGAGCACCCUCUACAACGCCACGGAGGCACUGGAGGUGUCGGUGGACCCCCAGGCGCCCCUCGUGUUCCGGCCACCGAUAUGA